GAGCCCGCCUCAGUACCGCGUCGGUAGUGCAACUGUCCUGUAUAAGUGCAGACCCUCUGGCAAAAGUGCAAGAUCAAUAUUCUACAAUAGCCGAUUCGCAGGAUGACAUACGUGCUGCAGAAACUGCUCCAUGGCUACAAUCAGUUCAUAGUGGAUCAUCGAGAUAAUCGCAGUGUCGAUCUUCCGCUGAUGAGUUCCACCUGGCAGAUUCCGGCAAUAGUCGUGGUCUACCUGCUGACGGUGCUGAAAUUUGGACCAGCUUUUAUGGAAAACCGGAAACCAUACGAUUUGCGGCAUUAUCUGCGGGCAUACAAUAUUGUGCAGAUCGUUGCAAAUAGUGCGUUCUUUCUGGUGGAGAUCUUCUUCCUGGCCCGUCGAACAGACUUUUCCUACACCUGUCAGCCGGUAACGUUUGCCACCACUCGGACUGGCUAUGAAGAGAUGUACUUGUCCUACGCCUACUUGCUGCUUAAGGUACUGGAUCUGGCAGAUACGAUGUUCUUCAUUCUGCGCAAAAAGCAAUCGCACGUGUCCUUCCUGCAUGUGUACCAUCACGCCAUCAUGGUUGCGAUGACCUACGCCGGAGUACUGUUUGUGCCAGGUGGUCACAUCUUCCUGCUGGGUCUGUGGAACACGCUGGUUCACGCUGUGAUGUACUUCUACUACUAUCUGUCGUCGUUCAAAUCCCCGUGGGCGGCUUGGUUCAAGAUGUACCUCACCAGGAUGCAGCUGGCACAGUUCGUGCACCUAGGUAUUCAUUUCGGCCGGCCGGCUCUGUUGGGAAUCGACUGUGGAUUUCCCCAGUUGUGGCACUGGAUCGGUUUUGGACAGGCGAUCUUCAUUUUGGCGAUGUUUACCGAUUUCUACAUCAAAUCGUACGUUAAGAUAGACAAGAAGCGUAGCUAGACAAGAUUAGGUUAAAACUGUCGUUCACGUGAUAGGAAAACGAAAUAUCAGCUCGAAGCAUUUAUAUAUUAAAUCGAAACUAGUGAAGUGCUUCAAAUAAUUGAAUUAGAGCAGCACAUGAUGCCUUUGCUUAAUGUAUAUUUGCAUGCUGAAGAGGAAAUUAUGAAGCAAUUCUGUGAGAUAUACUAAAGAUUUAAAUGAAAACUGAAUAAGCAUAAAUAAUUAAAAACGAUGCGAUAAGAGUAAUGAAAAAAAACAAAGACACCUAUGGAACAAGAUGUCAAUUCAGAAAAAAAGCUAGACUGAUGCUGAGUUCUUUUUUGGAUCCGGUUGAGAGUAGGUGUAAACUAUAUCAAUUUGGCGUCAACAUACACUGUAAAAAUUGUCAAUGAUAUUGGUUCAUUAAAUAUUUAUUAUCUAAUCAUUUGGUUUGGGCUUUGCGUUCUGUUCUGUGCUUCACAUAACAAAAAAUUUCCUUGAUCGAACCUAGUGGUAGAUAGUUUAAUCAAACAAGCGAUGAAUCGUUAGCAGUUUAAAUCUAUCAACUAGAUACAAAUAAUUAUUUACAACAUCUUCUUAAAAUAAACAAAUUACUAAAGCAAGUAACAAUGUGCGUUAAAUCGAGAAACUGAGAGUGAAUUUCGUAACCUGUGCUAGCCGAGAAAAUAGUAUUAUGACUUGUACAAAAAACUCAUUUCAGUACAAUGGAAGACAUUAAUUAUUUAUUGUAAAACAUAAACGACGAAUAAAUAUACAAUGGCGGACGAGUAAA